AAGUUUUAACUGAUCAAAUGCAAUCCAAGUAUGUAAGCAGGGCAGAAACGGACACAAGUUCUUCCUUCAGUGACGACAGCCACCAAGGAGAGGAGGACACCAUUAUUAAAUGCUCUAAUGUCCUGAACUUGCCAACAAAAAGCUACAGGACUGCAGAAUAUUUAGGUAUGUGCAGUGGCUACCCUGUGUAUAGACAGACAAGUCCUCAGAAACAAAGCAUAGAGACAGCAAAGAGAAAAUUCGUCUGUCCUAUUUUUGAAAAUGAAACCCCAGUUGGGCCGUUCAGUUCACUUCCACAUCCAAAUGAUCUUUUUGGAAAGAGAGCUAGAAGAGAAAGUAAGAAAAGGGUGAUAAAAAUAAAUCCUGUUGCCAGUCACAGCAUGCAGUUGCAUCAAAAACAGGCUAGACUCCAUAAACAAGAAAAAGACAAAGAAGAGAAAGUGCAUCAAGGUGUGGACAUGGGAAGGAUGCAGACGCCAUGUGAGAUGGCGACAAAUGAAGUCAAAAGGAAGUGUAUACAAGAUUCCAACAAUAAUGGGAGCCUAGGUUGCAGCAUAAAUAACUCUCAGUCCCAGUUAAUGAACGAUGCUGCUCCAGUGUCACAACAUGCUAGCUUUGAGGGAUCUAGUUUGAAUGAUUGUACAAAUAAAUUUUUGAAAUUUCCUAGUUUGAAAGAACAUGAUCAAUACAAAGGCACCUUUAUGUAUCAGCCUCAUGUUUCAUUCAGUUUCAGACACUCUAAAAGCUUGGAAGAGUAAUAUUGAACUGAUUGUUGUAAUGCCAUAUGAUCAUCUAAAAUUGAAUUAUGCCAAAUC